AAGCUGCUGUUCGGCUGAUGAUCUCUUUCAUCAGAGCCAAAUGAGUGCUAAUUGCCUAACCAGAGCGGAGGAGCACAUUGGAGUGUAGAGGUGAUUAAAUCCAGGCUGUAAAGGGGAGGUAGGGCUGCACGUGCACUAUCGCUAAGGCUCCCUUUCUCUUUCUCCUUUUCUCUCCCUCUCUCGCCUCUCUCCCCUUCUCCACUGACGCAGACAAAACCACCCUUAACAGCCCUCCUCCUCCUCCUCCUGUGAGACUGUAAUCGUUUGUGACCGUGCUUGCGUGCUCUUGUAUAUGUGUGUUUGUGUGGCUGCGAAAGGCUCCGGCACUUGCUGGCAGGGCUUAGUGCUCCCGUGCUCAAUGCCAGUGCCACUGCUAUUUGCUUGCUCGCCCGCACACACAAAACCACGCUCCUCCCCCCACACACUAUCAGGCUGGGCUCAGGAAACGGCAUGGAAUGGAAUCUCAGAAGGAUGGAAAGCGAGCUAAGGCAGAUCAAUCCGGACUUGCUGCAACCCAGCAAGAGCUUUAAGAAGCCCUCCUCGGGCACCAUCACCCUCAAUGUGGGGGGCUACUUAUAUGCAGCACAGCGGCAAACUCUAGCCAAACACCCUGGCUCUCUACUUGAAGAGCUUGUCAGUGGUAAGAAAGCCGUGCAGCAUGUAGACUCCAUGGGCAAUACGUUUAUUGAUCGUGAUGGGCCUGUUUUCCGUCAUAUUUUGAAUUUCCUGAGGACCGGAGAGCUGAUUCUGCCAGAUGACUUCAAGGAACUGGCACUUUUGCGCCGCGAAGCUGACUUCUACAGGCUGAGUGAACUGGCCCAGGCUCUGCAAGAGUGGGAGCAGCAACAGGCAGGUCAACGCGAGCCUGCCUUCCUUGAGGUGACCGAUAGCCACGAGCGCUCACACGGCCUCAAAGUCUACUGCAGCAAUGCAACCUUCAUCGAGAAAGUCAAAUCACGCCUAGUACAGAUCUCCAAGAGUCGCCUGGAUGGCUUCCCUGAGGAGUUUGUGGUUUCAUCUAAUAUCAUCCAGUUCCGGCACUUCAUCAAGUCUGAGCAGGGUUCACGUCUGGUGCUCAAGGAGGACAGCACCUUCCUGUGCACUCUGGAGACACUCAAGCUUGAAACGGUCAUGAUGGCUCUUAGAGCUGGUUUUCGGCUGCUCACCUGCCUGGACAGUAGCCGGGGAUCAGUAGUGCAAUGUGAGGCUCUGCACUUUGUCAAGUGACCCAAUCCAGCACAAACGUACCCAUCAACCUACCUUGAUGUUUCCAGCCAUCGGCACAGGACCUGCACUGUAUUUACAAAAAAACAUUUUGCAAGUUAUGCUGCUUCUGCAUUCCUCCAGCUCCUACUUACCAGCCAUGAGAAGUCAAAAGAGGUUUUAUGUAUUGUGUUUUCUUCUUGCUUAUAAUGUUUAAUGUUAUUUGACACAAACUAGCUUUUUUUUUUUAUAGUAAGACAAUGAGCAUAUGGAUAAUGGUUUCUGAACUGCACUGUAUUAUAGAAAACCUUUCAACUUCUUUACAGAAUUUUUUCAAAUAAGAGGAAUUGAUUCAGGCUCAGAACAGAUUUAGAACAGGGUACACAGGCACUGUGAUGUCUGAUCAACAGGUUAAAAUACAAAAUGCAUGGAUAAAUAUUAUUCCCCUUUGGGAGCAAAUGUUGUAAUUGCUUGUGUUGUGAAAAAAUACAGUUGACAGCUACUUUUAUUCAGAAACUGUGAAUGUUUUGCAAAAUAAAGAGUAUAUAUAGUAAAUUGUA